AUCGCUGAAGCCUCCGGCGAAUAGCAUUUCUUCGAAUUUCAAAAUCACUCUUUUGCCAGCGAGCAGCUGCUUAUGGGGUAGUGCCGGUGCUCCGUGUUUGCUACAUUGGAAAUCUAAUGCCUCCAAUUUCACGAUACGGGUAGGACCGCAGUGCUACUGGUUUCGACUGAAUCACCUGUGCAGUAUAAUUUGAUCUUGCCGGUCACACGGCGAAUGCAAAGUUACAAACUGGAUGCAAUCAGGCAAAUUCAGAUUAUGGAAGUGUAUAAGGGCGAGUUCUGCGGUUCUGAACUCCCAUCCAUUACGAGCCUGCAAUGGUCGCUCCCAUAGUCAAUACCGGAAUUCAGACAGCGAAGUAUUGCAAUGUGGCUGAUCUAGGAGUUUUGAUUUUUGACUAUUUCUUAACGCUCGAACCUGAGGUUCGAUUGACGUGGAACAGGCGCUGGAACGUCACUCGUAUUCUUUUCAUAAUUUCACGCUACAUGGCCUUUGUAGCAGCUGGUAUGACUUCAUAUGGUGAACAGCUACCCGUAUCUCAUGCUGCCAUUGCUACACGAGCGAAUGAGGACGAUAUCGAAUAUAGUGCUCGCACUUUGGCCAGGCUUCAAAUGGUGAUCAAUGUCUUGAGCAGCCAGCGUUUUACUGAUUUCACUGCAGCAAUUCACAUCAUCAGUAUCGUCGCUGCUGAAGGUCUUUUGAUCAUUCGUACAUAUGUAUUCUGGAAACAGAGCAAAAAGCUCUUGGCAGUGUUGCUGGUCUUGGCAGCAAUUUCCAUUGCGUGUGCUGUCAGUAUCACAGAUGUUGUCAGUAAUUUAUUAGCGGCGCCUGUGGACCCUUCAGACGGCAACCUUGGUUUUAAAGCUCCCCCCACAAGCAACUGCACUUUUCAAGCAGGUCGCAGCAGUGCCGUUCAAUACGGCUUUCUUAUAGCCUACGAAUCGUUGCUGAUGUCUUUAAUGGUGUUCAAGAGAUAUCAAGACUACAAAGAUUCAGAUAGUCGUCUAGUGAGAGCCGUCUACCAGGGCGCAGUGCGGUAUAUGACUGCCAUAAUUUGUUGGUGGUCUUUUGUUCAAUUUAACAUGUCCUGUGUUGAAUCGCUCCUGCCAGUUGUUUCUGUGGUCAAUAUAGUGAUCAUGUCCGUGGUUCCAGCAUCAUAUAACAUGAUGAUGGACGUGCCACAGCUUGUCCUGCACAGUAUGUUGGCAUCCCGUGUGCUCUUUGGAUUGCGUGAAAGUGACCAGGAUGAAUCGAAUGCGGGGACAUUACAGAUGUCGACAUUUCGUCCAGCUCAGCGCCACCAAUACACUUCAUUUGGUUGA